AUGAAGGUCUUCAAGAUCAUCACCAACCCCAAAUCCCUAAGCCCCAAACGCCUCUUCCGCGCCGCCUCCAAAAAGACCACCAAAUCCGCCGCCGUCUCCAGAUCCGAACCUUCCUCCUUCGCCGAAUCCACCACCACCACCUCCUCCUCCUCCGAGCCGGCCGCCGCCGCCACCCCCAAGAGCGUCCUCCCCCACUCCUCCUCCUCCGGCGAGUGGUCCUCCGACGUCUCCGAGCUCACCUACCUCGACCUCCAGCACGCCUUCCGGAUAAUCGACCGCGACAACGACGGCGUCGUUUCCAAAUCGGAGCUCGCGUCGCUGUUGGGCCGGCUGGGCAGCUCCGACGAGGUUGCGGCGAUGCUGAGCGAGUUGGGCCGGGCCGGGGGCCGCGAAGACGGGACCGUGACCGUGGAGGCCCUGAUGGGCCAGAUCGGGUCGUCGGGCUGGGAGCCCGCGGGCCCGGACGAGCUGAAGGAGACGUUCGGGUUCUUCGAUUUGGAUCGGGACGGGCGGAUCACGGCGGAGGAGCUGCUGGCCGGGUUCUCGGCGAUCGGGGACGCCAAGUGCACGUUAGAGGAGUGCCGGCGCAUGAUAGCCGAGGUGGAUAAGAACGGGGACGGGUUCGUCUGCUUGGAGGACUUUUGUAGAAUGAUGGACCUCCAGAGGUGA